GAUAAUUAACAACGUGAGUCUCGUCGAUCCUGAGACGCGCAGAAGAACCGUAAAUCUCACCUGUAGGAGAAACAACCUGGUUUUACUUCAUAAUUUAAUAUCAAACCAACUUCGCCGAGCAUGAGAGGGGACACAGCGGCGGAGAGCGAGGUGGAGGUGGACGGUCGCGGAGAGGGUGCAGCAGCAGCAGCAGCAGCCUGCACCGCAGCUGGAGAGAGACGACCUAGUGCUGGGAAGCUGCAUGAUAUGCUGAGGAAAGUUUCCCAAAGCCCUUUCCACAAUCAAUACAAGACUCUUGUUUCCUCGACCUCGGACUCCAGCGGAUCAUCUGCCAAUGAGUCUCGAAGCAAACAGGAUGGCGACUUCCUUAGCGAUCUCUCAGCUGCUGCUGCUGCUGCUGCAGAUGUGACGGACGGCCACCAGCCCCACUUCAGACAGAACGGAGUGCAGGAACGGCUCCAUUUAAAUUCUCAGGAAUCGGGCAGCAAAGGUCACAUCUGGAGGAAAACCUCAGAAGCAGACCUCGAUGCCAUCUUUGUUCCUCCUCCUGAGUUUCAGAGUUCACCUCUGGACCUUCAUACUGAAAUUAAGACUGUGGGAAAUGGAGACAAAUUUUCUGAACCUCAAAAGGACCUGUUCCAGGCCCUUAAACCCAACCAUACGCAGGGCCACUUCCAGACGUCAGCUUUUGCCCAAAAUGCAUCUGCCAAUGGCCAUUUUCAUGAUGUAACCCCGAACUCCUCAGACUUAUUCAAGCCAGUUCCCACUCAAACAGAGAACCGCUCCACAACCUUGCAGUCCAAAAGCUCUGACCUGUUUAAAGAUGGAGGGGCCAAUCUCUUCCAGGCUGCUAAAGGAGAGGAUUUCCGCCAAGCUGAACACUCGAAGGAGGUGAACCUCUUUGAUAACUCUCCCAGUAUUUGUGAUAACCCAUUCACAUCUCCUUCAAACAAGGAGGAUGAUCUGUUCCGGUCUCCAAACCCAUUUUAUACUGCUGCGACCAGUGAAGCAGAUUUGUUUCAAGCAGGACCAACUAACAGUGGGAAUCCAUUCAGCAUCAGGGAAAACAAACCAGAUCUCUCCACGAAAGAGGACCUUUUUGGCAUGUCCUGUAAGAAAGAUCUGGAUGUGUUUUCACCAUCAUCUGAGAAAACACUUGACCUGUUCCCAAGCCCAAUUACGAGGGAUUUGUUCCAAGACCUUUCCAGCCUGGAUGACCCGUUUGGUGCCACUCCCUCAAAACAAUACAACCCUUUUCAAGAUGUUUCAAAUGUGACUGCAGACAUCUUCCAACCGCUUCCCUCAGAGGCCAACAGCAGGGCUAAAUUUGAGAUAACCCCCAGUGACACAGCCCCCAAGGCCACAAACUCCACACCUUCACUCAACAGUGGGUCAGAGAUGAAGCUGGACAUGGUAUCGUCGCCAGACCUCUUCAAGCCAGCACCACCGGAAUCUCAUCCAGCCAUCCAACCGGGGUCCUCCGACAGGCCACGUGAUAUCAUCUUGACGACUCCUCAGGGAACUAAACAUGAUAUCCUUCAGCCGACUCCCUUCACUCGUGCCAGGAAUCUGUUUGUGUCACCAAGCCAAUCUCCAGCUGAAAUGACUCACGCGUCGACUUUCAAACGUCCGCCCAAGCCACUUCCACGAACUAGACCACCAAAACCAGAGAAGCCACCCACGCCAGCGAACCCUACUGAACCUGAACCAACUGUGCCAAAAGCCUUUCCUAAACCAGCCGUCAGACCGCUCCCAAAACCAGUUACCCGCCUCAAACCAAAAACUCUGGAAAGUACACCAAUUAGCCCUGAGAACUACGUCGUCUUUGAGGACGUCCUGCUUAUUGGACAGGAAAAGUGUGUUGAGGACUGGCCUGAAGACAGUCCCGAGCUCAACCCCAACUUCAAACCAUCUGGAACAUUGAGACUCCGGCGAGAAUCACUGAAAAUGAAGGCCGACUCUGAUGGAGGAAGUGGCGAGGAUCAGGACACCUCAGGGAGUCAUGUCAAGAAAAAGGACAAAAAAUUCAGAAUACCCACACUUCCCAGAAGAGGGUCAAAGGACAAGUUUGCUGAUGACGCAAAGGAGGGGAGGAGCAGGACACUGCCCACCUCCCAUAAAUCAUCAAAGGACUAUUUUUCAGAUACGCACAUGUCUGCUGGAGAGCAUGAAGACUGGGAGCAUGACUAUAAACAGAAGAAACGUCUGAAGACCAAAGUCAAUCAGCUGCUCAGAAGAGCAUCCACCACUUCCUCUGUGCCGGAAGGAAAACACCUGAACGGACAUUUCCCUCAGGAGUCGAAGGACGACGGCAUCAGUAAGAAAAGCGCCGGCAAGAAGGACUCGGUCCGCCGAUGGUCAGAGCAGGGGACAGUUCUGGACGACAGCACUGAGGAGGAAGAGGAGGGAGGGGACGCCCAGCACGAAGAGAAGAAAAAAAAGAAGGUGAAAAUCAGGUUUGUGCCUCACAGAGGAUUUGCCAUCACUGUGGAAAAGACUGACGAUGAGCCGAAGGGAGCACACGGGUACACGCCCCGCAAAGGCUCAAAGGAGAAAUCACAAGAUGAAGUUCUGGGUGCUCACGGCUACACGCCUCGGAGGAAGUCCAAGGACGAUGCUGAGUACGUUGAAGAGAUGAAAGGCCAGAGGCUCCAGUCAACUAGCAAGGCUGCUUUCAUGGAUGACGAGCACUUCGAGAAAACACUCCACGCGUCUGCUGGACUGAACGGAGAUGAAGAUCCGUAUGGGAUGGAAGACUGCAAACCCAAGAAAAAGACGACGAUGAAACUGCUGCACGUGGGUCGUCGGAGGUCUAAGGAGGACAUGCUGGAUUACACCAGUCCUCAGAAAAAGAAGAGCAGCUUCUCAGCGGAUGAGUUACACGAUGAUGACCUAAACGGGAUGGAGGACUUCAAACUGAAGAAACCCAAACAUAAAGGCCUCAUCCCCACCCAACGCAAAUCUAAGACCGCCAGCGGGCAGAGUGAACCCAUUGGAUUCAGCCACCACAUGCCUCAGCAAGCAUGCAGUGACGCCUACGCUGAGGAUGACAUCACUCAAACAGGAGAAGAUUUCAUGAGUCCCGGAAAGCUCUAUGACGUCGAGCAAGAUGAAAUCUGCAAGCCGAAGAAGCUGUCUAAGCUGAAAGGCCUCAAAAAACGCCAGGCUAAGGGCAAAGCCAUGGCUCCAGAAGAUCCACCAGGGGCUACAUCCAGCGACUACCUGUCGGAGGCCGCUAAGGCGGAGUGGCUGGCUGCUCAGAUGGAUGAACGAGCUGCAGCAGGUCUGGAGGAUGAGGACGAGGAAGGGGACACGGAUAGUUUGAUGGAGUGGUGGUACACCGUGGAACAAUGGGACGAGGUGCCAUCGGACGACGAGGACAAAGUCAUAAAAGAGGACGAGUCCAAGUCGUUCACCAUCCUGGCGGACAAGGUUCAGCGCGGCCUUCGCGUCUUCAACAAGGUCUUCAUGGAGCGAGCUGAGGUCCUGUGGCACUCCGUCAUCACGCUCCACGCCAUCGCGGACGACAUCAGCAACUUCCACCAAAAGGCCAAGAUCGCCGGGAUCACUGGUGGCACCACCACAGCCGUGGGUGGCGUGACGGCCAUCGCCGGUUUGGCUCUGGCGCCCUUUACCUUCGGUGCCUCUCUCGUAAUCACCGCCGUUGGUGUAGGCGUGGCAACGGCCGGCGGAAUCACUUCAGCCUCUGCGGCCAUCUCAGAUAACGUUAACAACAUGCACGACCGGAAGAAGGUGGAGACUGUACUAGAGGAGUAUGAGGCUCACCUGCUGGACAUCGGGAAGAUCCUCCACUUUGUCAAUCAGGGCUUGUACAAACUCCGCGGCCAUCCUUUCCUCAGAUCCGGCACCCAACACUACUCGGAGGACUGGGAGAUCCGCAGGGCCGUCCAGAUGAUCAGCUUGGUGGACUUGCCCGUGAUGCGAGCGGCGGACAUAACGGACACGGCGGUGGCGUCGGUCCAAGGGCUCUUCAAAGGCAUGGACAAGUACUUCAUCAAGGACUCCCGGGAGCUGAGGAAGGGCUGCAAGAAGGAGGUGGUGGGUCAAAUAAAGGAGGUGGCAAACGUGCUCAAUGAUGGGAUAGUGGAGCUCAAUGCCAUCAGGGAGGAACUCCAGGAUGCUACUGGAAGCAUGUGAGCAACAUCCAUGAAGGAUCACCAGCCCCCUCUCCUGGUUAAAUGAGGGAACUGUUGGUUUAAAGGGCAGGUUCAGACAUUAAAAGGGAUGAGAUUUUUAGACAGUUGACAGGAUAUUUAAAAAAAACACAAUAGUCCUGCAAAAGUACGACCACUCUGGAGCUAGCAGUGGUCGUUACUUUGUUGUGAUGUUAGCACAGGGGCUGCAGAGUACUUGUCGUAUUUGUAUAUGGAGAUGUUUACUGUAUACAUAGGGACUGGUGAAAAUAACAGGAAAACAGACACCCUUCCUUUGUGCACUGUGUGUAUUGUUAUGUGGGUAAAAGGUUUAAAUAUAAGGUGCACAAAAAUGGGACUUCGUGAUCACAGAUGGCUUAAUUUCAACAGUUGGAUUGAUUUUUUUUCGAGCACCUUAGAAUAUAAUGCAGUCCAAUACAGCAUUACCACAAAUUCAUGACUGAGCUCAGUGACACUGCUGACCCAGUUUCAGCUAAAGCUUUAUGUAAAUUCACAAACGACACACUUUUUCUGGGCUAUUGUUUGUGUUGUCAGCAGUUCCUGUUAUUUUGCUCAUUCCCUGUCGGACAGUUUGAUCAACCAAACAAAAAGUGAUACUUGCACGGAGUGAGCUCAAUUGAUUCAUUUUCUUCAACUGAUUUUCGAGUUUCGACUGGUUGUAAAUAUUCUUUCUGUUCACGUCAUAUCACGAUAUCCUGUGUUAUGUGAGAAAAUGUGAUAAUGCUCCACAGUCCCAGGAAAAUGAAUGUUGUAUAUAAGGUAAUUUAUCCAUCCAUAUUAUCUUUCCCGGUAGACGCUGGAGACUCUUUUGGUCCUACCAUUUGGCAUCCAUGUAAAUGUGCUUGUGCCGAUGUCUAGACACUGUUCUAAUCUGCCUGCCUAAAUGUUUUAACCUCUAAAAUAAUCUAUUUAACUGUCAAAGUCGAACUAUUCAUGUGUUAAUAUAUUGUGAAUACAGACAGUUUUCUGUUUCUGUAUGUUUUAAUUGUAAUUUUUUGUCAGCGCAUCUCCCAGCAUUAUUUUAACUGAAUGUUCUGCUUGAAUAUAUUCAGACCUUUUGGUGUAACACUGAAUCUGUGAAUAAAGACCGUCUGCCAAUGUGU